AUGAGGAAAGAUUGGCGUCAAACCGUCUACUUGGCCAGGUCGAAGAUCCAGGGUCUGGGAUUGUAUGCAAAACGUGACAUACACAUGGGCGAUAUGAUAAUCGAGUAUAAGGGGGAAGUUAUCCGAAGCGAAGUUGGCGAAAUGCGCGAGAAACGGUAUGUUGCUCAAAACCGCGGUGUUUAUAUGUUUCGAAUUGAUGAGGAUCUGCUUGUUGAUGCUACAAUGGCAGGUGGUCCUGCAAGAUAUAUAAAUCAUUCAUGCGAUCCAAACUGCUCCACACGAAUCCUUGCAGCGGGACCUUCCCCAGAAGACAAGAAAAUAAUAAUCACUGCCAAUCGCCCUAUCAAAGCUUUGGAAGAGGUAUUUCCUAUUUUGAGUGUGUUUUUACUUAAUACUUCCUACUUUCCCAUAAUAGUUACACUUGAGUUUUGGGGCAUCAAGUGGAAAAUUUCUAUCUUUAUAGUUCUGAAAGAAGCAUGAAC